AAUUUACUGUGUGCCUUCAGUGGCGAGAGAAACUGUACCGACUAUCUAGACAAGCAGAUAGUAGGGGUGACAAGUGGAUCGCAGGUGAUAAGAUAUAUAAUGUUAAAUGGGUUACCAGAGUUCACGCUUGUCAUGCUAUGUUUACGAAACCAAUUUCAGUGAUAUAGUGCUGUCAUGUGGAGUAAGCGAUUUAGUAAUUUACCUAAAAUAGAACUGCAUGGUCACGGUUGCUAGUUAGAUAAGCAACCUAACCAGCAACCACGUCUACCCUGCCACUUACAUGCAAGGGAUCACAUAGCCAGGUUGUACGACGCUCACGGUCCGUAUCGCGAGAAAAACCGAGAACGUUGCAACAAGACAACAAAAAUAAAUUCUGGAUAACAAUUCAGAGUUCAUGAUGGCGGCGUCGAUGUUACGCCGGGACAAGAAAACAACAGCCGCCCUAUUAAAGACAGAGCUUAAUCAGACUGACAACAGCUCUGGUGUCCGACUACUUCAAGAACUGCUUGAUAAUGUUUUAAAUCCUGAAAAGCCAGCGGCGGACACUGAGGCCCUUGAAUGGUGUAAAUGUCUGUUGGCAGGAGGGGAAGGAUUCGAGGAGUUCUGCAAGACGGUCCGGUCCUAUGACAACGCUACCUUGUGCGGUUUGGUCUGGACAGCCAAUUUUGUGGCAUACCGAUGUCGGACUUGCGGGAUUUCCCCUUGCAUGUCAUUGUGUGCAGAAUGUUUUAACAACGGUGAUCACACAGGCCAUGAUUUCAAUAUGUUCAGAAGCCAGGCUGGUGGGGCCUGCGACUGUGGAGACAGUAAUGUCAUGCGGGAAAGUGGGUUUUGUAGACGGCAUCGGUUAAAAACAGGGGAGAAUGUUCCCACUGUACCCAGAGACUUGCUGCUGAUGUCUGAAAUGGUGUUACCUCGCUUCAUUGUCAGCAUCAUACAGUAUUUAAGGGAUGGAUACACAGAGCCAGACUCAUCAGCAGACAGGGACCUGCAGAAGGUUCUUCAGCAGCUGGAGCCUCAGAUCUCCUUCCUGGAAGAACUUACGAAGAUGGGUGGGGCCAUGAGGACCGUGUUGACAAAGAUCUUGACCAAUCAGCAGACCUUUAAAGAACUCAGCAUGGGUAUGUUCGCCCCAAAACAAUAAACGGAAAUGCACCUCUGAUAUACAGUGCCCAUUGUGCUGCGUAACUGCCUAUUUAUUACCCUUCUCCUCUGAGAUGGGCUAAUGAUAGACUUAACUUCAUAUCAAGCGUACUUGUUGAGUGCACAAAUGUCAUCGUAAAACCACAUCGGAGUUACUUUGUCAAAACCAAUCUAGAAAUCUCUUGUCUUGUUAGAAGAGUAUGACCCAGUCCUGAAUUGACAUUAACUUGAGACAUUUUAUGAGAAUUUCAUGGUGUGACAUUACCACGCUGGUUGUACUGUCCUCCUCGUUUUUGCUGGAUAACUUGCUAUUUUUAGCUUCCUCGCUUAAUGUGCAUGUAACAUAAA